AUGUGCGAUGCCAAAAAUGUCUUCGAGGUCACCUGUGACAGGCCUGUCAGGGACCACAGCCCCGAAUAUGCACGGUUGACAUGGACUAUGCUUGGUCUUUCGAUCAUCGUCGUCUUUGCCCGGUUGAUAUAUAAGUUCUUCUCGUCGGCACAAUUAGGCUGGGAUGACUUAUUCACACUGCUCGCCUUCCUCGCCGUCCUCCCAUCCUUCAUCAUCAACCUUGUGGGACUCAUCCCCGCGGGUCUCGGCAAGGACAUCUGGACCCUGACACCGGAUCAAAUCGAGAAAUUUGGUUUCUGGUUCUACCUACUCGAGCCCAUGUACUUCAUCCAGAUGGGCUUGGUCAAAAUGGCCAUCCUGUUCUUUUACAUGCGUAUCUUCGAUCGAGCUGGCCUUGCGCGUCUACUUUGGGGUACCGUUGCUUUUAACGCUGUCAACACGUUCGUGUUUCUGAUGGUUGGCAUUUUUCAAUGCACCCCCAUCCACUACUAUUGGCAGAGAUGGGACGGCGAACACCAGGGGACGUGUAUCAACAUCAACGCCGUUCCCUGGGCAAACGCCGUCAUCAGUAUCCUCCUCGAUCUAUGGAUGCUUGUUCUUCCUCUUUCCAGAAUCAGAACUCUCAACCUACACUGGUGGAAGAAGCUGGCUGUGGGUAUGAUGUUUUGCGUUGGUACUUUCGUGACCAUUGUGAGCAUUUUGCGGCUGCGCUCGCUCGUUCAGUUCGCAACGUCUCAAAACCCAACCUGGGAUCAAUUUGACAUUGCGUUCUGGACAACACUUGAGGUCCCCACCGGCAUCAUCUGCUGCUGUCUACCCGCCAUUCGUCUCAUUCUCAUCAAGACUUUCCCGAGACUGUUUGGCAUGCUCACGAAACGCUACGACUCCCACAAGUACUCGGAAGACCCCUCUAGCGGAAAUAACCCGAGCAAAAGCCGCAGUCGCAACCGCAUGUCUCAGGGCCCUAACACGGAGUCUUCGUCGACGACUGAGCUACAAGCCGCCAUACGCAACGGCAAGGGCAUCGUUUGCAGCAAGUCAUUUGCUCUCGAGACCCACGACUCAAACAGCAUAUACGCCAUGCAGGACCUCGAGUCCGGGAGCGCCAAGAACAGCAUCGCGGCACAAAGCCACAGAUCAACGUCAAUCUCCCACACGUCUAGCGCCAUGUCGGAUUACGGUGGUCCCGGACGCAAGCAGUCUGGUCCUUCGUCAAGGGAUUAA